UAUUAAGUGCCCUCCGCCGUCGUCCGUUUUUUACCCCCUUCACCAAGGAACCUCCUUGCCUGUUGCUGUUGCGGUACACUUAUGACCAGGAGAGAGACCUCGGGGUUGUAGUGGACAGCACGAUGAAAAUGUCAACCCAGUGUGCGGCAGCUGUGAAAAAGGCAAAUUCCAUGCUAGCGAUAAUUAGGAAAGGUUGUGGAAGACUAUCAGUGACAACUUCCAGAGAGUCUGUGAUGAGAGAGGAUAUGACUGAAAUGGAGCCAGCACAGGCUCCGGUGUCCUUUGAGGAGGUGGCUGUGCAUUUCACGAAAGGGGAGUGGGAUCUCCUGGAUCCGGGCCAAAGGGCUCUGUACAAGGAAGUCAUGCUGGAGAAUUAUGGGAAUGUGGCCUCCCUGGAAGAAGAAGGAGAACCACCUCUGAUGCCCAAACCUGAACUCAUCUGCUGGCUAGAAGAGCUAAAUAUUCUGCCGUCCAGGGAAGAGAAGAAACCUGCAGAAGACGCAAAAGCAUCAGACGACGAUGAAGAAGAAAACGAAGGAGGAGAUGAAGCAGUAGCAUCAGACGAAGGAGGAGGAGAAAAUGAAGAAGCAUCAUCAGACGGAGAAGAUGAAGCUUCUACAGAUGAAGAAGAUGAAGAAGAAGCGUCAUCAGAUGAAGGAGGAGGAGAAGAUGAUGAUGAAGAAGAAGAAGAAUCAGACGAAGGAGGAGGAGGAGAUGACGAAGAAGGAGAAGAUGACGACGAAGAAGAUGACGAUGACGAAGAAGGAGAAGAUGACGAAGAAGAAGAUGACGAUGACGAAGAAGGAGAAGAUGACGAAGAAGAAGAUGACGAUGACGAAGGAGAAGAUGACGAUGAAGAAGAAGAUGACAAUGACGAAGGAGAAGAUGAUGAAGAAGAAGAAUCAGCAGACGAGGGAGGAGGAGACAAUGAAGGAGGAGAAGACGAAGGAGAAGCAGACAAAAAAGAAGCAACAGCAGAUAAAGCAGAAGCAGCAGAAGAACCACCUCUGGUGCCCAAACCUGAACUAAUCUGCUGGCCAGAAGAAUUAAAUAUUCUGCCCUCCAGGGAAGAGAGUACACCUUCAGGAAGUGAGGAGCCAGACAUUAAAACUGAAGUAAGAGUUCUUAACUGUCCCUUGGACCCCCCACAAAUCUGCUCUAGAGGGCUGGUGAAAGCUGCAGAACAGAGGGGACAUUCCAUUGCGCAGGCAGAAAUCCUUGUGGCAACAGGACAACUUCAAUGGAUACAGCCUAAAUUGUUGGCAGAAAGAGCCAAGCAUCCUGAGGUGGGGGAGAGUAUUGGCAGCGUAGGAUCUCUCUGCGAUGGCGUGAAGAUGAAUUCUGUGGAAGCCCUGCUGCGCACUCCUUUUUCAACACUGAGCUCGGCUGAUCAGUGCCGUAUUAAAGAGCUUGGGCCUGACCGUCCCGAUCUACGCAUUGUGCAAGCGAAGUUGGAGAAUGGAAGGGAGAUGAUACAGAAGUUUAGCAGAGUCUGGUACGACAGAAAGAUCUGGCUCUGCGGGAGCACUUCAAAAGCUGCGUUUUUCUGCUUCCCCUGUUUGCUGUUUGGGGGUGACGUGACCUGGACACAGACAGGAGUGCGGGACUUGGAGCAUCUCUCUGAAAGACUAAAGGCGCAUGAGGGAUGUGAAAGACAUGUGGCAAAUUGCCUGAAACUGGCAAUGUUGGGCAGAGUCAACGUCACUGUAAACAAGGACAGCGGCUGCCGUACUCGCAUCAGAAAGCACAACCAGGAAGUGAAGAGCAACAGGUACAUACUGUCAAAAAUAAUUGAUUGUCUGCGGCUCUGUGGUGCAUUUCAAGUGGCACUUUGUGGUGACAGCGACACUGAGUGUUCAGCGAAUCCAGGAGUGCUCCGAGGUCUGUUGGAACUAGUCGCUUCAGUUGAUCCUGCCAUGAAGCUCCACAUGCAGAGUGCCACAGUGCUUGGAGGCUUUUCAAAGUUUAUUCAGGGCGACCUGCUUGACUGCAUGCUCAUGGUAACCAGGGAUUGCAUUAAGCAGGAGUUGAAAAGCACACAGUUUGUGGCCAUUGAGGUUGAUAUGUCAACAGAGUGUCAAAUUGCACUGAUUUGCCGCUACAUCAGUCAGGAAGGUGUGAAAGUGAGACGCUUCUGCGGAUUCAUGCAGUUGACAGAUUCUCAGGCCGACACGAUCGCCGCGGCUUUGUCUCAGCUUCUGGAUGAAGUUUUCCCUGCCGAGACCGACAAGCAGAAACUCAUUGCUCAGAGUUACGACGGAGCCAGCAUGGUGCAUGGAGAGGAGGGUGGAGUCCACAAGAAGAUCCAGGAUGUGUAUCCAAAUGCCAAAUAUGUUCAUAGUUAUGCCCAGCAACUGCAUUCAGUAAUGCAGCAGGCAGCAUCCCAAAUCAAGGAGGUGAAGGUGUUCUUUGCCAACCUUUCCUUAUUCCCGGCAUUCUUUGCAUGCUCAGCAAAAAGGACUGACGUCUUGGAGGCAGUGGUGAAAAGGCGACUCCCGAAAUCACCUCGGACACACUGGAAUGAUAGUGUCUGGACAGUGAAGACGGUGUUUGAGAAGAGACGGGAGCUCACUGAAUGCUUUAAGAAAAUACGAUCCUGGGACUUUGACCACCGUGCUGUCUGCAAGGCCAGGGGAUUUAUUGUGCUGCUGGAAGAAGACAGGGAAUUCCUCUACUUUGUCUCUCUCUUCCAUAGAAUAAUGCCUCAUGUGGAUAUUCUUUGCAGUGAAAUCCAGAGAAGUCCCUUGGACUCUGAAGCCGUUUGGGGAGCUAUCACUGAUUUUGCAAGAGGCAUCAAGGAAAUCAGAGAUUCUAUUAAUGGUUUAUUUUCUGAGUUACCAGAGCAAUCUCAGCUGCCUAGCAGCAAAAGCAAGGAAACCCUGAAUCGGCUUGCAGAAGAGGUUUGUGAAAUCCUAGUUUCACAUGCCAUGGAAAGAUUUGAAUUCACUGAACACCUGGUAAGCGCAACGUUGUUACCAGUGAGCUCGUUUAAAGCGCGUACGUUGCAGUUCCCAGAUGAAGCUCUUCGGGAAGCUGUCGAGGCCUAUCCGAUUCUGCGGAAGGACAAGCUGAAGGCAGAGCUUUCAGUCUUGUACAGGAGGCAAAUGCCCCUUCGCACCCAAGAUGAUCUGACGCUACUGCACACGCUUCUGGACAGGGAUAUGGAGGAAUCUUUUUCAGAAACGGUGAAGUUGCUGAGAAUUACAACCACUACUCUGACGACUCCCGGAGAAACAUCGUCCUCCACUUUAAGGAGAGUAGAAACUUUCCGGAGAAACAGUGUGCCCAAAGACUGGCUCAGCGCAUUAGGAAUGCUCUUCAUCGAACAGCAGCUGGUUAAAAACAUCCCAGAUUUUAAUCAGAGGACAAUUGAACUCUUUUCAAACCGGAAAGAGCAUCAGGCUAACUUCGCCUACAUGCAGUAGGUGAGAAGGAAAAAGGACAAAGACCAGGAAGGGAGAAGGUGGAGAAGCCAUUGGUCAAAAUCCCAGAAGAUCUGAGGAGAUUGACGCUCAUGUGAUGGAGAGGGUGUGCAGCUUUGAGAUUUGGAUAUGUGCCCAAGAUGCCACUCUCUCCCUGACCCUUUCUAACAAUGGUACAAAGCCAGGAAUAUAGGGAGGCCUGGAAGGGAGACCACACCUUUUCCCCAGCAAAGUAUUACAUUCAAUGAAAUAUUAAGGGAUUCCCCUACAGUGCUGUAGUGUUUUUGCUGUCACUGCAACGGCAGAGGAUGGGGACAUAGCCAGAACUGGCUGGCUUGAGCUCCACCUUCUGUUGAGAGCCCUGCUCUUAACCCCACCAGCCCAAAUGGGCAUCAGGCACCACUGCUUGAAUAUUAUUACUUAUUUUUUUGAUUGAUCAACAUUAUUAUUUACCGUAUUUGAUCCUUAUACAAAAUGUCUCAAAAGUGUCUAUCUUGUGAAUACUCAUGUCCCAAUAAACAUGUUCAUCUUUUAAGGUUAGCCUCAAAGCGGAAGAAUCCCGUGGAAAGCUGAUGUGAUGCACUCUUAGGCGCCAAGAUACAAAAAUGCCUUGGGACUUUGAUGACACGGUUGGAGUCAAAGGGCAGUAUCCAACAAAGUAGUUGUUCUAGUCAGUGCAAGGACUUCUGGCUGCACAAGAGAAUUUCCCCUCCCUUUCCUCUCCCCGCAAAUCCCCUAAAUCUGUUCCAGGGCUCCCCCAAUCCACUUGAGCAGGUUUGGGGAGGGUGCAGGGAGAGGAGAGGGAGGGGAAGUUCCAUUGUGCAAAUGGAAAUCCUUGCGCUAGCUGAAGUGUUUCACUGGAUACUGCCCAUGCAUUUUGUCCGCUCCUUGUAGUAUCUACUCCACAAUAGCCCCUUUGGUUGCGCAGAUAUAGCUUUAUCCACACAGUGGGCGAUAUCCAACAUUAGCCAUACUCAGAGAAGACCCAGUGAAAUCAAUAGACAUGAAUAUAUUUUAAGUCCAUUUAUUUCAGUGGGUUUUCUCUGAGUAUGACUUAACUGGAUAUUCCCCACUAUGAUUAACUGGCAUCAGAUGAAUAAAAAGGAAACAAUAAAUGGCCACACUUCAGUUCAUCUUUGGCUGAUAAAAUUAGGUCUUAAAAUAAAUCAGAGAAGCCAUAUCCAAGAUCAGCUGUGUUAAUAUUUUACUGUGGCAAAAGGUUCAAUUUACUGCAAACAGGCACAAAGGAAGGUGUCUUUGGAGCAUGGAUGGACCAUCCAGAUGUUGGACUCCAUCUCCCAUCUCCUAUGAUGGGAGUCAUAGUCCAGCAACACCUGGAGGGCCACAGUUUCCCCAUCUCUGCUAGCUCAGUGUUGUCUGUUGUCACAUCUGCACCAUGGGCGGCCUUCAAAUCUGCUUCUCAGAGGAGACUCAUUGACGUUAAUGGACAUGACUAGCUUAAGUAUAUUAAUUUCAAAGGGUCUACUGUGAGUGGGACUUAGUUGAAUACCAACCUAUACAUUUAAAGCAAUAUCAUCCCACUUCAAACAGUCAUGUCUUCUCCCAAGGAAACCUGGGAACUGUGGUCUGCAAAGGGUGCUGGGAGGUGUUACGAGACCCCUCACAGAGCUACGAUUCCCAGCAGGUGGGGUUUUUUCCACCCUUGUUGUGGGGUAAAACAUUGAAAAAAUUCCUUUGAAGCUCUUAGCUGGGGGUCACUAUCAUACCUUGUUGGGGAUUGGGUUUUCUCCUGAAGGGUGGUAGAGACAGGAUCAUCCUGUUUGCAUUGUAGGUGGGCUCUCUCUUUGAAGAGAGAGAAAAAUCUGUUUCCGGGGGGGGGGGAAAUGAGGGCCCAUGUAUAAUGGAGGGUGGGGGUGAUUCCCAGCAUGGUCUCUCCAAGUUCCCAGUCCAGGGUCUGGGUACCAAGAGUGGGAUGCCAUGUUUGAUUAUGAUUUAUUAUGUUAUUUUAGGUUAUAUUAAAUGUUUAAGAUUUUUUAAAAAAAUGUUUUGCAUUGUCUUAAAUGUGUAUGUUUAUUGUUAAUGUUUAAGAUGGUUUCUUUUAAAUGCUUUGUAUUGUUUUAAAUUUGUAAUUUAGUUUGAUUUUUUUCAACACUGUAAACCGCUUAGAGGCUUUUCAAGUAUGAAGCAGUAUACAAAUUAAAUAAUAAAUAAAUAAAUGUGACAAACCCACACAGAUGGUGGAGCCAGAACCAGUGACAGGUGGAGCCAACUCAUUCCAGUUUACUCCCCAUCCUCCUCCCUGCUGAGUUCUACACGGGCAAC